GUUACUUGUGCAUCACUUUCUUUUUUAACGACUUUUCACUUAAAUCUGAAGCGAAAAGGAGCCUCGUCGAGUAAGCAAAACGAAUCAUGCCGCCAUGUAACUGAGAGGGGUAUAUAUAUUCCUUUGUAAAAUCCAGAUCAUGCCGCCAUGUACUCUCUCUUUCUUUUUCCAGUUUAAUUGAUUUUGGCUUUCUGGAGGAAAAAAAAAAACGUUUUCUGGGUCGUCGAGAGAAUCGGCUUCACCUGGAAACUAUUUUCCCGAGAAAAAAAUCAUCAUUCCCGGAAAACAACUGCAGCAUCAAUCAUUUUCGAUUUUCUUCUAAUCAUGUCUCGCAUUCGGUUCAGGUCUUCUCCUACUCUGUAAUUUCGAUUAGUUCGUGAUAAUCCUCGGAUUAGCUUUUAGAUUGAAUCGAGAAUGGAAUCGAGAGAUCUAAUCCAAUGCUGCGACUGUGGAUGCCACCAUUCCUCUCCACGCUCUAACAACAACCAAUUCUCUAACAAUCCCAAAGUCCACAUCGAGAACGAAUGCGAAUUGCUUCGCCAAACAGUCACAUCUCAACAACAAUCGAUCCAAGACCUCUACGACGAGCUCGAAAAGGAGCGCAACGCCGCCUCCUCGGCCGCGGACGAGUCCAUGAACGUGAUGCAGAGGCUGCAGCACGACAAGGCCGAGCUCCAGAUGGAGCUCAGGCAGUACAAGGUUUACGCCGGGGAGAAGAUGGAGCACGAUCUCCAAGAGAUUUUGGCCUUGGAGGAGGUGGUUAGUCAAAGAGAGCAGACGAUCUUGGCUCUUGAGUGCGAAGCUCAGGGCUAUAAGCAUAGGAUGAUGAGUUAUGGGAUCACUGAGGGAGAAGCUAAUGGUGACAUGAGCUUGGUUGAUGCUUAUGAUUAUGAUUAUGAGUAUCCUUCUUUGAAGUGUAAUAUAAAUGAGAAUCAAGAUUCUUUAGGUGCUGAUGUUUAUGUUGCUGAUGAUGAGAACUAUCCACCGGCGGAUUCGCCACGUGGGAGAGUUCAUUUGAGGAGUUUGGAUCAAAGAAUCAGCCAGAUCGAGACGAAUCCUAGCCUGGAUGGUGGUUUCAGGGUUGCUUCAGAGAAGGAUGAUGUUUUUGUUGAAUCUGAAAACUACAAACAUGUCUCGUAUACAGAGAAUGAUGAUAAUGCUAAAGGAGGUGGUGACUCGUUGGAUAUAGGAGAUGAGAUGAGUGAUAGAGUUUAUACUAUUGACUCUGGCCAUCACGGCGGCGUAACUGAGCAGAAGGUAGAGGUUGGGAAUGUGGAACAAGUGGAGCACGGUGAUCCUGAUAUAACGAAACUCUACAUGAGGCUUCAGGCGCUGGAGGCUGACAGGGAGUCUAUGAAAGAAGCGCUUCUUUCUAUGAGGACUGAGAAGGCUCAGAUGGUGCUGUUGAAAGAACUCGCUCAGCAUUUGUCGAAGGAAGUUGUGCCUCAACGGAGGUUGCCUUUAAGGAAAACAUCCGCUGAUGGGACAUUGGCUUUUACGCCUGUCUUUAAGUGGAUCACAUCGUUUGUUUCCUGGAGAAGAAAGGCUCGUCAAAGCAAGUACAUGUAUGGGAUGUCAACAAACAGCAUGGGUCUGCAAAUGGUUCUAGAAAAGGUCCCUCGAUCACGGAAUUGGCGAUGUCUCAGGAGCACACAAGUGUGAAACAUAUCUAAUCCAUUCAAGCAAACAAAACCACUCUCCUGACUUCUAGAACGCCAAGUCAAUUACUGUUGAACUUAAUUUCGAAAAGUGUUACGGAGAGGUAAAAUUUGUGUCUUUCUCCUGCUCGAACUGCGAAUCUUGUUCCCAGGUUGUGGAGAAAAUGUUUGUCCUGUGCGGUUUGUUUUAUUUUUUCAUUCUGGUCCCCAACAUUUUAACUGUUUGUAUAAAGAAUGGGGUUGAAGAGAAGAGUGAUUUAUUACUGAGAGGCUAUACAAUCUUUGUAUGGUUUUGUUUUCUUGUUCUAUUCACGAACACAUGCUGCAUGUGUUAAGACCU